UUAAGUCUAAAAUAAUCCAUUGUAUGCUCGACGUGAAUGUGUAUAAAUACAUCUCGGCUUUUACAAGUAAGACCUCACAAAGACAAGAGUUCUCGAGAAGCGGAAAACAUAUAGAGGGAAGGAAACACAUACCUCAAAAGCGCAAAACACAAACCGAAGAAGAGUAUAUUUUUAUUUUUCUCCUACAAAUUAAACACAGUAUGGUGUCUCAGAAGCUCGAGUUUUGCAUCGAAUUAGUGAAGAUGGCAGUCGUUCUUGUCGCCACCGUGGCUGAAUCGGUAGAAGAAGCUUUCCGUAAGCCUCAGCCGCCGCUUCCAGCAGUUCAUGACGGUCGCCGGAACAGUUACGCCAACGUUCCCAUUCCUCUCGUUGGAUUCAUGUGAUGAGUUUUUUUUUUUUUUUUUUUGCCUCGUUAAAGUUAGUAGCUCUCGUGCCAUUUGGCGUUUUGGAAGUUGUUGAUUUGUGUAUAAGUUUAACCGGAAGAAUCAUGAAGAGUUACAGAUGAAUAAAAACGUCGACUUUUAUAAAAAAAUUAAGUACUAAUCGGUUUAACUUUCUUUAAGAACCUGUGAAGCUACUAAGCAUAAGUUUGAGUAACCAUGUUCUUUACACGAAUUCAGGUCUCAGUUGAAAAUUUGAAAUAUGUAACAAUGUUCAAAUUCAUAUAAUGAAUAGAUUGGUGAAGUUAACUUCCUUUCAAUUUAAAUUUACAUAUAUUUACAGAAAUAGGUUUCAUCUAGUUUUUUGGGGGAAAUUUAAAGCAAAGUGUUUUUCAUUAGAUAAAUUUUGAUUUUUAAUCUUCUCAUGAUCCAUAAGUGAACUUAGUUAGAUUAGUUAAGAAACAAUAGUUUAGAUACUCGCAAAUUGCAACAAUCUUCACUUAAUAGUUUUUUCUGACCAAUGGUGCUAUACGUCGAUCCCAUCGACUACUCUAUUGAUAUCAUUUCAAUUCUACGAAUUAAGUGGAAUUACUUAAUCACCUAGAUCUUUGAUUUGUUAUUUAAAACCCUAAUUCUCUUAUUUUCGGGUCACUUUGCUUUUCAAGGUUUAAUUAUGGAUUGUCUUAGCUAGGUUUGUGAAAACUUGGGCACGGUGAAAUGAAACUCUUGAUUUCCAUUAGUUUGUAUUAUAGUUUUCUUCCAUUUGGGUAAGCUUAGUAUAAUUUGAUUUUGUAUUAGUUUUGAAUAUGAAUUAGGGCGAACAUAUUGUUGUAGGGAGAAAUAAUCCAUGUUGUUUUUGUAAAUAUCGCAAACUUAAUAACAUACAUACAGAUUCCACUUAUGUAAUAAACAACUACCAAUAAUUCGAGAAUAAAUAAGUAACUAUUAAUCAUUAUCAUAUGCACUUUAUAAUCAGCACUUUUUGAUCUUUUGUAACGAGAAGCUUUUGAUUCCUCAUAAUAAAGUAUCAACAUACAUCAUGUGAUGGAUACGUGUGUAUUUAUUAAACAAGAUCUUAGUCAGCCUUUACACUGACAAGAAGAACAUACGAAGUUUGUAAGUUUUAACCAUGCAAGCUAAUCUGAAUAUUUAUAAAAGUUUAAAUCAGAAACAACAUCAAACUGUCUUCAUGUCAUCGUGUCCUAUUGGUGCAGAAUUUUCAUAUCCUGAUCCAUAUUCAACCAACCCCUUAUGUUAGCAGUAGCCCAUAAGCAUAUAAAUUAUAUAUUUAAAUAAUUCAUAACAAAAGUACAUAUAGGUAUAUAUUAACGUGGAUUAUAUAUAUACCCAAACAUGUUUUUGUUUUUGAUAAUUGUAUACAUGAACAUGUUACCAAACGACCUCUUUAUUUGAAUGUUAAGAACGAAAAGCAAAUGGAAGUAUAAACGUGACAGACAUCGUGGUUUUGUGGUUUUGGAAUACCACGACGGUGACCGCCGGUUAAAAAAAAAAACUUAAUUUAACGGAGGCUGGCCUAGAGAGAAAGGAUAUGAUUACUUAACAAUAUAUUCUAAAUUCGAUUUAAUUAAGCAUACACCAAAUUUCUGUUCAUUACAUAUGUUGUACUUGUUACACGCGAACAAUUUGACGCUCACAUCCACCAAAGCAACAACUAAAUCAAACAAAAUCGAAAACUUUAAGUGAUUUCUCACUUUUGUUGAUCCAGUCAUCAUGUUGGUAUUAGAAUCUGCAAAUGGGAUUCCCUACAAUCCAUACACUGUCUUUUUUUUUAGCAACUCCCUGCACUUCUAAUGGUUACUUUAUAAAUGUUUUAUACUUUUCUUAGGUACAAUCCUUUAAAAAUAAUCACCACUAGCUAGUCACAAUAUAAUAUUUGAUCUUGAAAGAUAGAUCUAGGGUGAACUUCAAUAACUAUCACGAAAACACGUGGCAUGUGUCUCAUGGGCUCUUACAACAUAUGGUUUGCUAAUUUUGGUGAUUUAUUUAGUUAAGCUUGAAGCUUUAAGUUUAUGAAACAAUAUUUUAGAUACUCCUAGCAAGUAGCAACAAUCUUCUUAAAUAUUUUUUCUCAUGUAUGCAUCAUUUGAGUGUGGUGCUACAUCCCAUCAGACUAUUCUAUUGAUUUUCAUUUCAAUCCCAUUAAGUAAAUGGCAGUUACUUACUCACCCCGAUCUUUGUUUUGGUAUUUAAAACCCCUACUUUUUAAAGGUUUAGUUAUGGAUUGUUUUAGCUAGGUCUGUAAAAGCUUGGCACAGUGAAAUAAAACUAUUCGUUUUCAUUAGUUUGGAUUAUAGUUAGUUUUCUUCCAUUUGAUAAGUUUGUAUUAAAGUAGGUUUGGAUGAGAUUUGAAUAUAAAUUAGGACGAUCAUAUUGUUUUGGCAGCAAUCAUGUUGUUAUUUGCAAAUAUCUCAAACUUAAUGACUUAUCCAGAUUCCACUUUAUGUAAUAAAAAACUACCAAUCAUUCGAGGAUGAAGAAAUAGCUAGAUGCACUUUAUAUUCAAACACUUUUUGAUCUUUUCUAAUCAAAACCAUUUGAUUCCUCAUAAUAAAGUAACAAAUUACAUCAUGUGAUGUGUAUGUAUGUUUAUACUAAACACGAUCUUAGUCAGCCUUGCACUACCGAGGGGAACAUACGAAGUUUUGUAUGGUUUUUUUUUGUAUGCAUAUGUUAAGAAAACAAAUUUGAAAUAUUAUUCAUGCAGGUUAAUCAAAAUAUUCAUAAAAUUUCCUAUAGAAAACAACAUCAAAUUGUCUUCAUGUCCUCGUGUCCUAGUGGUGCAAAAUUUUCAUCCUGAUCCAUACUCAAGAAAUCCCGUAUGUUAUUAACUAAUAUCAUAAUUAACUAUGUAACUGAUAUAUGUUUUCACGUGGAUAAUAUACAUGAGCAUGUUUUUUUUUGAGAAAUAUAUAUAUAUACGUGAACAUGAACCAUUUAAACUAUCUCUUUAUAGAAAUCGUAAACCAUGACGAUUGGUUGGAAUAUAAUGUAUAAUGUGGUUUGCCACAAGAUAAGAGAUUUGGAUUAAAAUUAAGUUCUAUCUUUCUCAAAAAACAGUUUACACUUGUUGUACAAAAGUAAUUUUCUUUUGAAUAAAUUUAACAUAUAUUCAAAAAAAAAAAUUGGCUGUAUAAAUUUUGUUAUAGAUCUAUCUGAUGUAACUGUACAUUUUUAUUGCAGCCUAUAAAUGAUUGUUUUAGAAUUAGGGGUUUUACGGCUAUUUUUUGCUCUAUUUUUAAAAAUUGAUUUAAAAUAUGAUUGAUAUUUUAAAGGCUAUAGAUAAAAGUUAAAGCUAAAGUAAAUAUUUUCCGCCAUCACUUCCCAAGUCGUAGACUUCUCGAAUAAUUUUUUUUUCUUUGCAAACUGACUUCUAGAAAAGUUAAUUAUCAGAAAAGCUCUCUAAUUUUAGAUUUAGGCUCAAAUUGGGGUUUUGCUUUAAAAGUAUUGACUCAAAUCUAAAUUUUUUAAAGUCUAUUUUUCAUCAAUUAGUUUUUAAAGUCUAUUUUUAAGGGUUCUAAAGUUUUCAAAGCCUUUUAUGUUUUUCUCUCUUCUUUUCAAAAAAAUGUCUACAUCUUCGUUCACGUGGCUUUGCAAACAAAAUAGAUUUCCUUUAUUUUAUUGUAAAAAAUAUUUUUUUCUCUACCCCACGGUAACUAAAAUACUUAUUCUACUUUAUAUUAAUUUUAUUAUAAAAUUUAUUUGAUAAAUUAAUCAUUGUUAUUUUCUUUUUGUUAUUUUGAGAUCCAUAUUAUAUAACUUUGGUUUCAUAUAUGCUUUUUCAUUAUUAUUUGCAUAAUUUUAUAUUUAUAAUAAAUGAUUUUAAAUAUUAUUUACUCUUAUGAUUUUGAUUAUUAAUUUUAAUUUUUCAAUAUUUAAAAUAAUAUUAACAGUUUUAACUAUCAAAAUCUCUACAGCCAACCGUCUAAAGCAACAACUUAAAACGAAAAUCCGUACCAAUCGGAUCCUCGGGCAAUUAGCUGAGAUAAUUAUGGUUGAUGAAUACCCUGGUUUUUAGCUAUUAUAUAUAUAUUCCUAUUUUCAAUCGCACGUACAAGUUACAACCCUUGCUUAGUAACAACGUUUCUUGCUUAGUACAAGUUACUUAUCUAGGAUAAGUAAAAGAAACCAUACUUGCUUGCACAUUUAUACAAUAUAUAUAUACGCCACUAAAGCGUUAGUAACAACGUUAGACAUAUACUUACACAUGUAAGUAAAGUUGCCCCAAACGAAUAUUGGCUCUUCGGAUAAACCAAAGUACAAUAAAGCAUCCUCUGAGAAAUGUUGUUAGAUAGUUAAUGGUUCUGAUUUGUACUAGAUUCUGGCCGUGUUCGUUUACAUGUCGCGCGACCUGCGACCUGCGACAUGCGACCUGCGAAGUAAAGUUGCCCCAAACGAAUAUUGGCUCUUCGGAUAAACCAAAGUACAAUAAAGCAUCCUCUGAGAAAUGUUGUUAGAUAGUUAAUGGUUCUGAUUUGUACUAGAUUCUGGCCGUGUUCGUUUACAUGUCGCGCGACCUGUGACAUGCGACCUGCGACUGCUCGCAGGUCGCAGGUUGUUGUUCGUUUUGCUGUCGCGUAACAUGCGACCUGCGAUUGGUCGCAAGUCGCAAGUCGCAGGUUGUUGUUCGUUUUGAUGUCGCGCGACUGAUCGCGCGACCAGUCGCGGGUUCCCUUUAAGUCGCCCGAAAAAACAGCGACUAAAAAAUUAAGAAAAUUUUGAUCGCGCGAUUGGUCGCAGGUCGCAGAUCGCAGGUCGCGCGACACGUAAACGAACAUAGUUUUAGUCGCAGGUCGUAGAUUUAGUCGCAGGUCGCGCGACACGUAAACAAACGUAAUCUUAGUCGCAGGUCGCAGGUCGCGCGACACGUAAACGAACAUGGCUAGAGAAACAAACGCCAAGUGGCAUAUCAGUCGACCAAUUAUUAUAUUUAUCAUAAUGCAUAGGAAUAAUGUAUGCCUGGACGUGAAUGUGUAUAAAUAUAACUCCGGUUUUACGAGUAAGACCUCGCAAAGACGAGAGUUCUCGGAGCAUCUCCAAUGUAAAAUUCUAUUUUUUUCUCUUCAAAAUGGAAUAAAAAUGAAAAUGGAGUAAAAUUGUUCUAAUUCUACUCUAUUUUCCACUCCAUAAUGGAGUGAUGAACAAACAAAAAAUAGAUUAUUCCAUUUAUGGAGUAAAUUUCAUUAUGGAGUGAGAAAAUAGAGUAAAUUUCAUUAUGGAGUGAGAAAAUAGAGUAAAUUUUAUUAUGGAGUGAGAUAUAAAGUUAGGUUGGAGCAUUUCUUACUCUAUAUUCACUUUUACUCUAUUUUAGAGGAAAAAAUGGAAUAGGGAUGAAAAUACCCCCUAAAAGGGAAAAAAAUAAAGUGAAGGAAUACAUACCUCAAAAGCGCCAGAAAACAAACCAAAGAACCGAAUCAUACAUUUUUAUUUUUCUCCUACAAAUUAAACACAGUAUGGUGUCUCAAAAGCUGGAGUUUUGCAUCGAAUUAGUGAAGAUGGCAGUCGUUUUUGUCGCCGCCGUGGCUGAAUCAUUAGAAGAAGCUUUCCGUAAGCCUCAGCCGGCGCUUCCGGUAGUUCAUGACGGUCGCCGGAACAGUUACGCUAACGUUCCCAUUCCUCUCGUUGGAUUCAUGUGAUGAGUUUUUUUUUUGGUUUUGGCCUCUUUAAAGUUAGUAGCUCUCGUGCCAUGUGGCGUUUUGGAAGUUGUUGAUUUAUGUAUAAGUUUGAUUAAGAGAAUCAUUGAGAGUUACAGAUGAAUACAAUUUGGGGGUACUAAUACCUUUUAUC